AUAAUCAUUGAAAUUAACACAAACAACUUGAUAUUUAAUCUUAUUUACACAUUUCCUUCUCUUCACGUAAUACACCCAAUUCUAACAUUACAACAAAAUGAGUGACGAAGAAAGCCAACAAAGGAGACUGAGAAAGAAAAAAGGGAAAAGGAAGAAGAACGUCGACGCAGAGAGGAAGAGGUAGCUCAAGAAAGACAGCGUAAACUAGAGGAGAAGAAACGUAAAGAAGCUGAAGAAGCCUCGAAGAAACAACGUAAACCUGGUCAGAAGCGUAAAGGUUUAGGUGGUUUGUCAAAAGAGAAGAAACGACUGUUGAAACAACUGAUUAUGCAAAAAGCUGCUGAUGAAAUGAAAGCUGAGAUGAAACGCCGACAGGAAGAACGUGAGAACUUUUUACGUGGAAAAGUAGAGCCACUGAAACUUGAUGGUCUUGGUGAAAACGAUUUAAAUGCUAAAGUGAAACAGUUGUACGAACGUGUUCGACAACUCGAAGGUGAUAAAUACGAUUGGGAAGAAAAGUUAAGACGUCAAGAUUUUGAGAUCAAUGAAUUAACAAUCAAGGUUAAUGAUGUAAAAGGCAAAUUCGUUAAACCAGUUUUAAAGAAGGUAUCCAAAACUGAAAGUCAUAUGGCACGAUUUGAGAAGAAGGAAGGUGGACAUUCACUUUCUUCUUUUCGUAGUCAACUUAAGUCAACCGGUCAUAGUAAGUACGCUUUGGAGGAAAAAGAUGAAGUCGUGAAUACACCUAAAUAAUAGUUUACUCUAUCUUUUACCCAAACCAUCAAUAAUCAAUUAACAGUCAGUAUAUCGUUCAUAAGUAAACUUUUUUAUUAUUAUUAUCGUAAAACAACAAAGAACAAGACAAUAAAAUGAAUUAAUAUAUAGACAUUGAACUUAAUUUAUCAAGUGAACAAACAAGAAAUAAUACAGUAAGUUUAGUCAAAGAAAUUAUAUUAUUGCUAUCUGUCACACCAGAUGCUUAUCUUUUAUUGUAUUCAUUAUAAUCAUAUAGACUAUAAUUUAGUCCCUAUUUACAAUUAUUCUUUUCUCCGCUUUUUUUGGUGUUUUUUUUUUGUUUCUUACAUUAAUGCUCGCUCUUUUCUGUUUACAAUAAAUUAACUUCAUAUGAAUGUGUAGAAAGAAGAUUGGCGUGAUCAAUUAAAAUCCAAAGAAUAAAUACAAUAAUGUUUUAUUUGUCAACAAAGUAUAUACUGAAAAUGAUAUUAAUGUUAAAUAUCAAAAGAAUGUUUGUUUGUUUUUUCCAUACAGAGUAUUGUUCUAUUGACAAAAAUGUAGAUCAAUGAUUCGAUGUAUUUCUUUUUCAUUCCCUAUUUUCUUUUAUCUAUAUCUUUCUUUGUUAAAUUUCCACUCUCUUAUUUUGAAUCUUUUUCUUUUAGGUGUAAUUGUAUAGUUGUCCCUAAGUUUUUAUUUGUUAGUUGGUUUGAAAUGAUAAUGAACAGAAAAGUAUACACCAUAGUGAUUAGUUUAUCUUGUUACUAUGACAUUAUAAAUGUCAUGAAACUCUUUAAAGUUGUCUAUUACAUUUUUUUCAUUUGUCUUCUCUUCUCUAUGAAUCUCUAUAUUAUCAUUCCUUAUUUCAUGUUGUAAUUUUUACAUGCUAUUUUUUGUUGCUACAUUUACAAGUAUGUCGUGGUGCUUUAUUUAGAUUUUAAUGAUUAUCUUCUAGUUUUGAUCUUUUCAAUUUAUUCACUCUCUAACUCAAUAUCGGAUCAUUGUAGAAAUGUGUGUAGAUCAUUAUUCGAAUAAAAACUUCAUUUCCCUUUACUUCUGUCAUGGUUAUUACGUUCGUUGAAUAAUAUCAAUGUUAAAUUAUCAGUUUAUCCUAUCUUAACUUGGCAAAUUAAUACAAACCUGCUUAAGCACUAAAAAAAGUUUAAUUAGUUAUUGCACCUCGAUCUAUAUUCUUCUGACUUGUUUUUCUCCCUAUCUAUAUGUGUGUGUGUCAAUUUUUUGUUUACUUCUCUCAUAAUACUUAUUUCAAUUACUGCGUUGCUACUUGAUGUUUAUUAUUUAAUUCCCUGUUAUGGAAGUCAGUCAAAUGAAAACUUGAAAUAAAAUACCCAAUACUUUCUUGUUAUGUUUUCCGUUUUCAUUAUUUUGACGUGUAUAAAUUAUCAGAAGGGGUUUUAUGGAGAGUUUAGUAAUUUCAAUAGUCAAAAUCAUGAGUUAAUUGAGGCUAGAACACCAUGAAAAACCUGCAAACACUGGAUGGCCGUUUCGUCUUACUGUGGGACUCCUCACCAGUGCGCAUCCACGACCCCGCCUACUGUGAGAUUCGAACCCAGGACCUAUCAGUCUUGCGCGAGAGCGCUUAACCACUAAACCAAUGAGCCGGCAUCCAACGGUGUCAAUGUCUAACUUCAACUAAUCCACGAAAUUGCUCCAUCGUACACCAUUGUCUUCAUUGAGCUGAUAUCUCACAACAGAGCUGGUUGAACUUCAAUGGUCACGCCUUCUCAUUAGAACUCCAGGAAAUGCCGAAUUAUAAUGUCAGGUAACGAUUCAUUCUACUUGAUAACUAUUGUUAACCCAAGAUUUUUGCGCUUUGUUAAACGAUCUUGUAAACUCUCAAGAUAAAUCCAUAAUUAUUUAAUUUAAA